AUGGAUUCGAAGCCUUGCCAAGCCGUUGCGAUUGUCGCCUUACUCCUUCUGCUUCUCGAUGGUGGUUUUUGUCUUUCAGAUAAUGGCAGAACAUCCUUGAUAAGGGCCCUCCGAGGAAUCGAUCUUGACGAACGCCUCGAAAGACUGAGGAACCUGCGCGUGGUCGACAUGGAUCAGAAGUCUUCCUUGGCGGCUACAUCAAUGAACACCGCAGAGCAUGAACCAACAGCAUCGAAUGAUCUAUUUGGAGGGGGAUCAAUAAUUGAGAAAAAUCGCCUGGAAGGGGUCGACGAAUACCUGUACGAGGGCGACAUCAAUCUCACCGAAGAACAACUCUCCGCACUUGAAGCGAGUCUGAAUAGUAAUACCACUCGCCAAAAACGGCAAGCUUCGAAGACUGCUCCGCUAUGGGCAAACAAAAAGGUCUUCUACUACUUUGACGCGGCUUUUGGUGAUCCCAUGAAAUCCCUCGUCAAGAAAGCGCUGAACUAUAUCAGCGCUCGCACAUGCCUCACCUUCGUGGAGAACGCCACAGCCGUUAACCGCAUUCGUGUAUUCAGCGGAGAUGGAUGUUAUUCGUAUGUUGGUAUGAUCGGAGGUGAACAGGAACUAUCGCUGGCUGAUGGUUGCAAUACGGCAGAAAACCAACACAACUACAACAAACUCACUGCGGCCGAGUCCAUCAACUAUACACCGUACGAAUAUGGCAGUGCCAUGCACUACGAUACUAAAUCAUUCGCCUCAAGUGGACAGUCUCUGGUCCCCAAAAGCCCAAGAUUUCUGUACACGAUGGGAUCGCAGGAGGUUUCAUUCUACGACAUAUCUCUGAUCAACUUUCAUUACAAGUGCAAUGGCAUAUGUGCAACCAAAGGUGCAGCAUGUGUGAACGGAGGAAAACGGAAUCCAAAGAACUGUGCUGCAUGCAUUUGUCCUGCCGGCUACGGUGGCGCGCUGUGCAACCUUCGGCCAGCAGGGUGUGGCGCGGUGUUGACAGCAGGUCCAACCUGGAAAUCGAAAGUGGUCACUGUAGGUAACGCCACGAACCCAGGGCUCCGCGACACUUACGCAAAGUGCAAUGACUGGAUCAAGACAGAAAGCCAACACAACUACAACAAACUCACUGCAGCCGAAUCCAUCAACUACACACCGUACGAAUAUGGUAGUGCCAUGCACUACGACGCUAAAUCAUUCGCCUCAAGUGGACACUCUCUUGUCCCCAAAAGCCCGACAUAUCUGUACACGUUGGGAUCGCAGCAGGUUUCAUUCUACGACAUAUUCCUGAUCAACUCUCAUUACAAGUGCAAUGGCAUAUGUGCAGCCAAAGGUGCAGCAUGUGUGAACGGAGGAAAGCGGAAUCCAAAGAACUGUGCUGCAUGCAUUUGUCCUGCCGGUUACGGUGGCGCGCUGUGCAACCUUCGGCCAGCAGGGUGUGGCGCGGUGUUGACAGCAGGUCCAACCUGGAAAUCGAAAGUGGUCACUGUAGGUAACGCCACGAACCCAGGGCUCCGCGACACUUACGCAAAGUGCAAUGACUGGAUCAAGGCUCCAGCCGGGAAAAAAAUCCAAGUUCAGGUGACCAAAAUGGUAGGAGUUGAUUGCCGUUAUGGUUGCUGGACGCAAGGAAUUGAGUUCAAAACAAUGCCUGAUAAGCUUAAAACCAAUCCAAGGGCGUGCUGUACCGAACACCUGAAAAAGAUAAUCGUCAGCAGUCUAAACCCAACACCAGUCAUCUCAUACAACAUCUACCUUCAAUCGCAAAUCACCUACCAGUACAGAUAUAUU